AUGUCCCGCUCCCGCAGCGGCUCCCUGGCCGGCGCGCCCCGCCCGCGGCCCGGCUCCUCGGCCGGCAGCAUGUACGGGGGCGCGGGCGGCUCGGAGCCGCGGGUCUCGGCGUCCCGCCUGCAGGCGCUGCUGCCCGGCCUGCGCGCCAACCUGGACGCGCUGUGGGCCGGCAGCCAGCAGGAGGCGCUGCAGGGGCUGAACGAGCGCCUGGCCGGCUACCUGCAGAGGGUGCGGGGGUUGGAGGCGGCCAACCGGGGGCUGGAGGAGGAGAUCGCCCAGGUGCGGGCCCGCCGGGGGGGCGCCGGCCAGCGGGACUGGGAGGCCUGCGAGCGGCCCCUGGUGGAGCUGCGCAAGCAGGUGGAGGAUCUCAACAUGGACAAUGCCAAGCUGCUGCUGCAAAUCGAUAAUGCCAGGCUGGCGGCCGACGACUUCAAAGUCAAGCUGGAGGCAGAGCAGGCCAUGUGCGACAGCGUGCAGAAGGACAUCCAGGGGCUGCGCAAGAUCAUGGAGGACACCAACUUCCUGCGCAUGAAGCAGGAGGCGGAGCUGGAGGGGCUCAAGGAGGAGCUCGCCCACCUGCGCAAGAGCCACAAGGAGGAAGCGGAGGCCCUCAGGGCACUGAUUGCUAACUCUGACGUGACCGUGGAGGUGGAUAACCCCAAGAAGCAGGAGCUGAGUGAGAGCAUCGCCCAGAUCCGGAAGCAGUACGAGAAAGUGGCCGAGCAGAACCGGGAAGAUGCCGAGAGCUGGUACAAGGACAAGUUCGACACGCUGUCCCAGGAAGCGAACGUGAACACCCAAGCGCUGGAGGAAGCCAAGAGCGAGCUGAGUGAGCUGCGCCGGCAGCUCCAGGGCCUGGAGAUCGAACGCCAGACCCUCCAGAAAAUGGUGGAUACCCUGCAGAACACUUUGCAGAACACCGAAGCCCGCUACAACGACCAGCUGGCAAACCUCCACCACGUCAUCGCCAAGCUGCAGGAGGAGCUGGCGGCCUGCCGGGCGGACCUGGAGCGGCAGGCCCGAGACUACGAAGCCCUGCUGGACGUGAAGAGCAAGCUGGAGAAUGAGAUCAGUCAGUACAGCCAGCUGAUUGAGGGAGUGAUUGACAGGCUCCCGAAGGCAGACCAUUAAGAAGGUGGUGGUGACCACCCAGGAGAUUGUGGAUGGGAAAGUGAUUGCGCAGCAAUCGGAGGAAGUAAUUCAGUAAAGAAGCGAAUCUCGAUCUACCGCUGCUGCCUUUAGAGCUCCUUUUAAGCUGCUUUAACGAGCCAGGGGUGUGGGUUGCAUUGUCUUCUGCAGAGGUCUGUGCUCUGCGGUGAUUGGAAUCCUGCUGAAUAAAGAUCUUCCAAGCACUCUGAAAUGGCUCCUAGCACCUCCGGUGUGGGAUGCAUCGUUUAGCUCACACGCGGAAAAAGGCACAGAGGAAGCCAGCAGCUGGAAGCCCCUAGAGAGGCAGCUCACAGAUGGUACCUGCCAGUAGUUAAGUGAAAUAGAGAAGAUCUGGCUGGGCAUUAGGCUCUGCCGCUGUCAGGGCUAAGAGGGGCUGCCUGUGUGCGGGACGUGCUCUUUGGGGAAGGAGGUAUCGCCUCCUUGUCAGACCUGAACAUCUAAGCGUCUCCUCCUCGAGAUGCUGGAGCACUAUGGGCAACAGAGGCUGUGCAGAUGGGAACUGGGGUGCUGCUCGGUUCCUUGCAGUCGGGGGUUAGCAAGGAAGAGAAGCACAACCUUUAGCAGUGAAGGGAUCCCACUCGCCACCUU